GUGAAAGUAAACUGCAGCAGAAUUACAGACUCGCCCUUAAUGCGGUAACAUUAUUCCUGGACAUUCUACAGACAACAUCGCGCCUCGUGAAUUUUAUAUAUCAUCAGCAGCACAAGAGGCAACAAUCAGCUUUAACACAACUCGAUUUUGUCGAAAUCAUUUUAGAGAUGAUGAAGCCGGCAAAGGAGAACCAAAGGAGAUAAACGGAGAUGUGCACUUUGCCCACCACUGACAUUCAAGGAGAAACCAAACUACUUCUAAAGACUGGAUAUGACACGCUGAACAGAUUAAGACUAGAGCAGAUGGUCGACUUUUUUAGAGAAUGUCUGGGGAGUGUGAGGAAAUCAGAGUCACUACAAUGAGUCUUCCAGAGGGACAAUCUAAGAACUACAGUGGAACGGAGAAAAGCCCAGAUUCUCUCAUUUCAUCGGAUAUAAAGACCUUUAAGGGUGAACAUUCAACACCACUCUCCAACAAAUGUAAAGAUGGAAUAUCCUCUCAGCAAAGAGGAACUGGGAAAAGACCAAAUUCUUCUGUAUCCAGCUGUGUGUCUUUUAAGAGUGACCAGUCCAAGCCACUUUCCAUCAACUUUGAAGAUGCCUCUCAGGAAAGAACUGAAGAAAGACCAAAUUCUCCUUUACCCAGCCAUGUGUCCUUUAAGAGUGACCAGUCUAAGCCACUCUCUAUCAACUUUAAAGAUGAAACAGGCUCUCAGGAAAGUAGAACUGAGGAAAGGCCAAAUUCUCCUGAAUCCAGAUGUGUGUCCUUGAAGAGUGACCAAUCAAAACCACUCUCUAUAAACUUCAAAGGGGGGAGAGAAUCUCAGGAAAGAUCAGAGAAUAGGCCAAAAUCUUCUGUAUCUGGAUGCCUUUCCUUGAAGAGUGACCAAUCAAAGCCACUCUCUAUCAACUUUAAAGAGGGAAGAGAAUCUCAGGAAAGACAAAAUUCCUCCCCAGCUAGACAGCUCAAGCAAACACCCAGCACUGACAAAACAACAGGGGGACAAUUUAUUGAAAGUGAUCAUUCUGUCACUGAGGCUCCUCUGAAACUCAAAUUAGAAAAGAAGAAGACAGACUUUCUCUACAACAUCUUCAAUGAUCUAGAAAAUAAAAUGAUUGUAUUUAUAAAACAUGAGCUGGAGAUGUUUAAGAAGUUUCUAAGAAAAGAAAACACAAAAUAUUACCAAGAUGUGAGGGAUGAUCUGUGGAGUGUUAAAGAAGCAGCUCUUGAUAUGGCAUUGUACUUUCUGAAGUUGAUGGAACACAAUGACCUCGCUGAUGCACUCCAAGAUGCCUUAAUAGAAGUUCAGCAGCGUGCACUCAAAUUAAAACUGUGUAAGAAAAACAAUCAUGUAUGUGAAGGAAUUGCAAAGCAAGGCGAGUCCAACAUUCUCAACAAGAUCUACACAGAUCUGUACAUCACUGCAGGUGAAAGUGGACAAAUAAAAGAACAACAUGAAGUGAGACAAAUUGAAAAGCAAAAAACUAGUGUGAAAGUUGAAGAAACUCAAUUGGAGCAAGAACAGCAAAUUGAAUGCAAGAACAUAUUUGAACCAUCACCUGGAGAAGAAAAACCCAUCAGAAGUGUGGUGACACAGGGGGUCGCUGGUAUCGGAAAAUCCAUCUGUGUGCAGAAGUUUGUUCUAGACUGGGCUGAAGGGAAAGAAUAUCAGGACAUCAAGUUCAUAUUUCCACUUCCUUUCAGAGAACUGAACCUGAAAGAAAAAGAAAAAUGCAGCUUGAGGGACGUCAUCUAUCAAUUUUUUCCAGAAACAAAAGGAAUGAGAUUCACAGACAGGUAUAAAGUCAUGUUCAUCUUUGAUGGCCUGGAUGAGUGUCGACUUCCUCUAACAUUCCAUGAAAAUGAGAAGCUGACUGAUGCAUCAAUGCCAGCCUCACUGGACACUAUAAUGACAAACCUCAUUGAAGGAAAUCUGCUUCCAUCUGCUCUCAUCUGGAUAACCACUCGACCAGCAGCAGCUGCUAAGAUCCCUGCUGAACAUGUGGACCGGGUCACAGAGGUGCGUGGCUUCAAUGAUGUACAAAAGGUGGAGUACUUCAGGAAGAAAAUCAGUGAUGAGAGUCUGGCCAACAGAAUCAUUGAUCAUAUUAAAGGAUCAAGAAGCCUCUUCAUCAUGUGUCAUAUUCCAGUCUUCUGCUGGAUUUCAGCCACUGUACUUGAGAGGAUUUUGGGAAGAUCAGACAGUGAAGACAUUCCACAGACUCUGACGGAGAUGUACACAUGUUUUCUGAUCUUUCAGACCGUACAGGGGGACAAGAAAUACAAUAGAAAUAAUGCCUCAGACACUCGAUGGGAUAAAGAGGGAAUUCUUUCAUUGGGAAAGCUUGCCUUUAGUCACCUGGAAAAAAACAACCUGAUUUUCUAUGCAGAAGAUCUAGAAGCCUGUGAAAUUGAUUCUAAUAAGAUAGCAGUGUACUCAGGAGUGUGCACUCAGGAGACUGGCAGAUUUCUAGGCACAGUUUUCAGCUUUGUGCAUCUCAGCAUUCAGGAGUUCAUUGCUGCUUUGUUUACAUAUACAUGUGUCCGAAAUGAAAACAAGAAUGUUUUUGAACAAUCAGAAGAGAUAAAAGAAACACAAGUUAUUGAUUUACUAAAGGUUACAGUGGACAAAGCCUUACAGUGUGACAAUGGACACUUGGAUCUUUUCCUCCGCUUCCUUCUGGGCCUCUCAGUGGAGUCUAAUCAGAAGCUCAUUCGAGGUCUACUGACACACACAGGAAGCAGCUCUGACUGCAGAAAGGAUAUAGUUCUCCACAUCAAGUCCAAACUUGAUGAAAAUAUAUCUCCAGAGAGAUCAAUCAAUCUGUUCUACUGUCUGAAAGAGUUAAAUGAUGAUACUCUAGUGAAAGAGAUCCAAAACCGUCUGAGCUCAGGUCCUCUCUCUGAAGCUGAACUCUCACCUGCUCACUGGUCUGCUCUGGUCUUUGUGUUGCUGACCUCAGAGGAGGAUCUGGAAGUGUUUGAGCUACAGAAGUUCAUAAAGUCAGAUGAAUGCUUUAAGAGACUACAAGCAGUUGUCCAAGAAGCCACAAAAGCUCUUCUCAGUGAGUGUAACCUGACAGAGAGAAGCUGCUCGAUUUUACACACAGUUCUCAGCUCAGAAUCCUCCAAGCUGACUGAGGUGGAUCUGAGCAGUAAUCCUCUGGAGGACUCAGGAGUGAAGCUGCUUUGUGCUGGACUGAAGAGUCCAAACUGUAAACUGGAGACACUCAGUCUUUCAGACUGCAGUAUAACAGAGGAAGGAUACACUGCUCUGGCUGAAGCUCUGAAAUCAUCUCACCUGAUAGAGCUGGAUCUCAGAGGGAACGACCCUGGAGCAUCAGGAGUGAAGCUGCUCACUGAUUUACUACAGGAUCAAAAGUUAAAGACACUGAGACUGUUGAAAAGUCCUGAAGCAGAGGAAGCCUGUAAACAUCUGACAGUUGUUCUAAAUACAAACCCCUUACUGCAGAGAGAACUGGAUCUGAGUGGAAAAAUAAAAGGAGACUCAGGAGUGAAGCAGCUCUCUGCUCUACUGAAGGAUUCACACUGCAGACCUGAGACACUGAUGCUAAAGGACUGUAGUAUUAGAGAAGGUGGUUGUUCUGCUUUGACUUCAUCUUUUCAUUCAAAUCCUGCACACAUAAGAGAGAUGGAUCUGAGUGAGAAUAAAUUUGGAAACUCUGGAGUGCAGAAGCUUUGUGCACUGCUGCAACAUCAGUCCUGUAACCUGCAGAUACUGAGACUUUCAGACUGCAGUAUAACAGAGGAAGGAUACACUGCUCUGGCUGAAGCUCUGAAAUCAUCUCACCUGAUAGAGCUGGAUCUCAGAGGGAACGACCCUGGAGCAUCAGGAGUGAAGCUGCUCACUGAUUUACUACAGGAUCCAGACUGUACACUGAACACACUGAGGCUUUUGAAAUGUCACAAAGCAGUGGAAGCCUGUGAUUCUCUGACUGAGGUUCUGGGUAAAAACCCCUUACUGCAGAGAGAACUGGAUCUGAGUGGAAAAAUAAAAGGAGACUCAGGAGUGAAGCAGCUCUCUGCUCUACUGAAGGAUCCACACUGCAGAGCUGAGACACUGAUACUUACUGAUUGUGGUCUAACAAUGGAAAGCUGUAUAACUCUGGCUGAAGUUCUCAGUUCAUAUCCCUGUUUUCUAACUGAGUUGGACCUGAGUAACAACAGACUACAGAAAGAAGGUGUCCAGCAAUUAUCUGAAGGACUGAAGAAUCAAAGCUGUAAUCUGAAGAUAUUAAGACUUUCAGACUGCAGUAUAACAGAGGAAGGAUACACUGCUCUGGCUGAAGCUCUGAAAUCAUCUCACCUGAUAGAGCUGGAUCUCAGAGGGAACGACCCUGGAGCAUCAGGAGUGAAGCUGCUCAUUGAUGUACAAAAAAAUAGAAAUUUCAAACUAAAGACACUGAGGUUGUUGAAAAGCUCUGCUGCAGAGGAGGCCUGUGAUUGGCUAAAUUCAGUUUUAAGUACAAAUCCUUUACUCCUAAAAGAGCUGGAUCUGAGCAGGAAGGAACCAGGAGACUCAGGAGUGAAGCAGCUCUCUGCUCUGUUGGAAGACUCACACUGUAAAUUUCAGAAAAUAAAGCUGAAUAAAUGUAAUCUGACAGUGGAGAGCUGUUCAGCUUUAGCCAGCGCUCUGAAAUUACAGUCCUGUAGUGUGAGAGAUCUGGACCUGAGUAACAACAGUCUGCAGGAUCCAGGGGUCACUCAGCUUUCUGCUGGACUGAAACAUCAUCACUGUAAACUGGAGAUACUGAGGCUUAACACAUGUGAUGUAAUGGGGGAAAGCUGUUCAGCUCUAGCUGAAGUUCUCAGCUCUGAAUGUUCCCGGCUGAGAGAGCUGGACCUGAGUAACAACAGUCUGCAGGAUCCAGGGGUCACUCAGCUUUCUGCUGGACUGAAACAUCAUCACUGUAAACUGGAGAUACUGAGGCUUAAUACAUGUUCAAUAACUGAUGGAAGCAGUUCAGCUCUAGCUGAAGUUCUCAGCUCUGAAUGUUCCCGGCUGAGAGAGCUGGACCUGAGCAACAACAGUCUGCAGGAUUCAGGGGUCACUCAGCUUUCUGCUGGACUGAAGAAUCCACAGUCUGCACUCACAAUACUGAAACUGUGUAACUGCAGUAUAAAAGCUGAAGGCUGUGCUGCUUUGGCUAAAGCUCUGGGAGAAAAUCCCUCACAUCUCUUAGAGCUGGAUCUGAACGGGAAUAAAGUAGGAGACUCUGGAAUAAAACAGAUCUCUAAUCUACUACAGAAUCCACACUGCCUCCUAGAAACACUCAGUCUAAUGGACAAUAAUAUCAGAGAGGAAGGAUACACUGCUCUGGCUGAAGCUCUGAAAUCAUCUCACCUGAUAGAGCUGGAUCUCAGAGGGAACGACCCUGGAGCAUCAGGAGUGAAGCUGCUCACUGAUUUACUACAGGAUCCAGACUGUACACUGGACACACUGAGGUUGUUGAAAAGUUCUGCUGCACAGGAAGGCUGUGAUUUACUUUCUAGAGUUCUGGGAGUGAACCCCUUACUGCAGAGAGAACUCAAUGUGAGUGAGAAAAUAUCUGGAGACUCCCAGGUGAAGCAGCUCUCUGCUCUACUGGAGGAUUCACACUGCAGACCAGAGAUACUCAAGGUAAAUAACAGCAGGAUGACAAAUGAAGGUUGUGCUGCUCUGGGAUCAGCUCUGGGUUUAAACCCCUCACACCUGAGAGAACUGGAGCUGAGUGGGAAUAAACUGGGAGGAUCAGGAAUGAAGGAGCUCUGUGGUGUGCUGAAGAAUCAACAAUUCAAACUGCUGAAACUGGGGUUGUGUAAGUGCAGUCUCACUGAAGAUGACUGUACUGCUGUUGUAUCAGCUCUGAGAACAAACCCCUCACACCUCAAGGAGCUGGACCUGAGUCACAAUACAAUUGGAGACACAGGAAUGAAGCAGAUCUCUGAUCUACUGCAGAACUCAAACUGCACUCUGGAGACACUGAGACUAAAUAACUGUAGUCUCACACAAACACAAUGUGGUGAUCUGGCUAAAACUCUGGAAUCAAACUCCUCAUCAUCUCUGAAAGAGCUGGAUCUCAGAGGAAACUACAGGAUGUCAGGAUGGAACAUUUUUAGAUAUUUUCUUGGGAAUCCAAACUCUAAAUUGAUUGUGAGAAUUUUGAGUCCUGAAGCAGAAAAGGCCUGUGAUUAUCUGACUAAGAUUCUGGGUACAAACCCCUUACUGCAGAGAGAACUGGAUCUGAGUGGGAAAAUAUCUGGAGACUCAGGAGUGAAGCAGCUCUCUGUUCUACUGAAGGAUCCACAGUGUAGACCUGAGAAACUCAGGCUGAAUAAGAGCAGUAUUACACACAGAGGCUGUACUGAUCUGAUAUCAGCUCUUACUUCAAACCCUUCACACCUGACAGAACUGGACCUGAGUGAGAACACACUGGGAAAUUCAGUAAUGGAUAAGAUCUCUACUCUACUAAAGAAUUCAUCCUGUAAACUCCAGAAGCUCAUACUUUCAGACUGUAAUAUAACAGAGAAAGGAUACACUGCUCUGGUUAAAGCUCUGAACUCAAUCCACUCAUCACUGACAGAGCUGGACCUCAGAGGGAACGACCCUGGAGCAUCUGGACUGAUGGAGCUUAGGAAUUUAAUGAAUGAUAGAAGAUGUAAACUGAAGACACUGAGGGUGUUGAAAAGUCCUGAUGCACAGAAAGCUUCUGAUCAUCUGACUGAAGUUCUGGGUAUAAACCCGAUACUGCAGACGGAUCUGAAUCUGAGUGGGAAAAUAAAAGGAGACUCAGGAGUAGAGCAGCUCUCUGUUUUACUGAAGGAUCCACACUGCAGACCUGAAACACUUCAGCUCAGUGAGUGUAAUCUGACAGAGAAAGGAUGUUCAGCUCUGCUCACAGCUCUCAGAUCAGAACACUCCACCCUGAAGGAGCUGAAUCUGAGUAAGAACAGGAUUCAGGAUUCAGGAGUGAAGCUGCUCUCUGAGGAACUGAAGAAUAAACUCUGUAAACUGGAGACUCUGAGACUUUCAGACUGCAGUAUAACAGAGACAGGAUACAUUGAUCUGGCUGAAGCUCUGAGACUGAAUUCCUCAUCACACCUGAGAGAGCUGGAUCUCAGAGGGAACGAUCCUGGAGCAUCAGGAGUGAAACGACUUACUGACCACAAAAAUCACAAACUGACACUGAGGUUGUGGAAGAGUCCUGAUGCAGAGGAAGCCUACACGUGUCUUACUAAAAUGUUCAGUAAAAACCCCUUACUGCACACGGAGCUGGAUCUGAACAACAAAACACCAAGAGACGUGAAAGUGAAGCAGCUUUCAGCUCUGCUGCAGGAUCCACAUUACAGACUGCAGAAACUUAGGUUGUAUAAAGGAGACAGUAUGACAGAUGAAGACUGUUCACAUGUGAUUUCUGCUCUGGUUUUAAACCCUUCACACCUGAGAGAUCUGAAUCUGAACUGGAAUAAACCAGGAGAGUCUGGACUGAGAAAUCUGUGUGAUUUCCUGAAGAAUCCUGAAUGUAAACUGCAGACACUAAAACUAUGUAAGAGUGUAAGAGGGAAAUCCUGUGCUGAUUUGUCUUCAGCUCUCUGUACAAAUCCAUCACACAUCAGAGAGCUGGAUCUGAGUGAGUGUGAACUGGGAGACUCAGGAGUGGAGAAGCUCUGUGAUCUACUGAAGAAACACGAGUGUAAACUGGAGAAACUGCUGUUAAAGAAGUGCGGAAUAACAGAUGGAGGUGCUGCUGCUCUGACUGGAGCUCUGAGGUCAAACUCCUCACAUCUGAAACAGCUGGAUCUGAGAGAGAAUAAACUAAAAGAUUCAGCAGUAGAGCAGCUCUUUGAGAUACUGAAAGGUUCAGGAGGACAGCUGGAGUAUGAUGGGGAGACAUGGUUACAAACAAUGAAAACUGGCUUGCGAAAUAUGUGGCCUUUUGGAAAGUCUAAUAAACAGCCGAUUUCAGAACCUGACUCCUCUACAGUAAAGACUAAAGAAAAAGAUGGAGAAAAGAAAGACACACAGCGGGGAGAAAGCAGUGUGGAUUUGGACAGCUGUAGGACAGACACUGACCUCAGAAGUCCAGAGACUUCAGUUCAUAUAACAUCAGAGGACAGUACAGUAGGACACAUGUCACAAACACAAGUAACGAACCAAAGAAACAAGAAAAGGACACAAAAAAACCCUAAAACCUCAUAAAAGGUACUAGAUAAUGACACCAAUUUAAUCUAACUCAGUGAUGAAGGACAGAAGACGCCUCAGCAGACAGGGACACUCUAAUCCUACUAGAAAACUAAACUGUAAUUCUCAAAUAUAAAUAAGACCAAACCUGAACUAAAUUAAAUGAGGAACUUCAGCUGUACAGAUAAGGGAUUCCUUCAGGAGUUUAUUAUGUAGUACAAGUGUACAGGGUACAUGGAUUAUACCAUACUGCAGAAACUAUUAAAUAGAAAGCAAAACAGCACAACCUGCUGAAUAACUUACAACUCUUAUAAACUAAAAGUUUAACCCCAAACUAAAAUACUGAGAUAUUUAUGAAAUAAAAUAUUGUUUUAUUUCACUGUACAGCCAUAGACACUCUACUGACAGACACCAAGCUGAUGGAAAGGAGUAAACUGGUUCCAAAUAGAAAUUGAACAUAAAAAGAGCAGUGAGAUCUGGAUCUGGAUCAGUAUUUUUGCUUCAAAUUUCUUUGUGCUGUAAAAUGUUUUGUCCUUCCGUGCUGCAGUCUGAAUGAUGAGCAUUAAAACAUUACUUUUAUAAUCUACUGUUCAAAAUGAUAUCAAGAAAAACCUUGCAAUACAUUUUACAGAUCAUAACAACAAAUAAACAUAAAUAAUAAUAAAUUGAUCUGAAUGAGAUGAAUGAGAAGUGUAAUGUACCUGAAUAAAGUCCAGUCAGACUCUUGUCUCUGCUCAUUUCACUGCAUGAUUAAGGGAGAAAUAUAUUAGCACAACGAUUUAGUUCAUUAUUUUACUGUUGUUGUCCUUCGGCUUCUCCCUGACACAACCCUCCCGUUUUUUUCCGGGUUUGGGACCGGUACCGAGAGUUCACCCUUCAGUGUAUGUUAAUGUUUGUUUAUGUAUAUGAGAAGUUCAUGCCUGUUUCUAUCUGUGUGUGUACAUGUAUGUGGUUCUGCAUGAGUAUGUGCCCCCCCCCCCCUUUUCGUUUUUUUUUUUCCCCUCCCUUCCUCCUCCUUCCCAACCAGGUGCCUUAUCUCACUAAAUAUAAUAAGGUAUGUCUAGUACAAACUGUGCAGUUAGGGUAAUUUAAUGGAACGUUAACACAAUGAAAGGGGUAAGGAUUAUGGCCCAUUUGCAACAUCUUAAGGGAGAUAUAUACUUCAUUCAAGAAACUCACCUUUGUAAUAGAGAGAUAGCAUGGCUUAAGACAGGCUGGGUUGGACAGAUUUUCCACUCCAAAUUUAGCAGUAAAGCUAGAGGUGCUGACAUUUUAAUUAAUAAAAACCUCCCCUUUAUAGUAAACAAGUGCUCUGAUCUGGAGGGAUGAUAUGUAAUAGUUUCUGGGACACUUAAAAACAUUCCCAUUCCACUGAAUUGUGUUUAUGGCCCCAAUUGGGAUAAUGGCCUAUUUGUGAUAAAGCUAUUCAUGUCUUUUCCAAUUUAGAGAACCAUUUCAUAAUUAUGGGCGGUGACUAUAAUUUCUUUCAGGACCCAACUCAGCUAAGACCUUACACACUAUGGCCUACCAAUGUGGCCUCACAGACCCAUGGAGGCAUAGGUUUCCUACAACCAAAGCUUAUUCCUUCUUCUCUCAUGUUCACCAUAGUUACUCUCGCAUAGAUUUCUUCCUCCUUGAUAUGAGACUGCUUUCCAAAGUUCUCACUGCAGACUACCACAACAUCGCAAUAUCGGACCACGCCCCAACCUCACUUGAUCUAAAUUUAGUUACAUGGCCCAGCCCCUUAAAAUUAUGGAGGUUUAAUUCAGCCUUAUUGGCAGAAGACAACUACAAGCAGUUUUUACACUCCCAAAUUGCAUUGUUUUUUGAACUGAACAAUCUGCCCGAGGUGAGUAGGGGAACUCUUUGGGAGGCAUUGAAAGCCUUUAUUAGGGGUCAGCUUAUCUCUUUUAUCUCUCACAUGAAGAGGGCUGAAACUCACAUAUUGAUAAACUUCAUAAAGUUGUUGACGACUACGCUGCUAGUUCAGACCCCUCUCUCUACAGAGAACGUCUCAGAUUGCAGACAGAGUUUAACCUAGCUUCUAUCAACAAGGUUAAAACAUUAAUGCUUAAAUCCAGACAGCGCUUUUAUGAAUUUGGUGAUAAAGCUGGUGCUUUCUUACUUUAGACAUAUUAGACUUACUAUUGGUCAGCCAACGUCCAAAAACUCCUAUGGUGGAUGGAAGAGCAGGAGCCUCUGCCUAUGUGGGUGUGUUUGAAAAGAGACUUGUCCCCAUUUUCUCUCUCCUCCGUACUGUUUUCGCAGCUGCCACUCUCACUCUCACACCUAAGUAGCUGCCCAGUGGUCUCUGUGUCUCUGAAGAUCUGGAGUCAGAUUAGGAACAACUUUGGUCUUUGAGGUCCCUCUAUUUUAGCUCCAAUUAAUAGAAACUGCAGUUUUGAACCCUCCAAAUGUGACCCAGCAUUCAAGAUCUGGCAGGCCAACAGUAUCUCCAAGAUAAGCGAUUUGUACACUGAGGGUAUUUAACUCUCAGCCAAAUAUAACCUUCUGAGUCACCAGCUGCUUUGUUUCUUUCAGAUCAGAGACUACAAAAAGAAGCAGUUUCCCCAUUUCCCAAAUCGCCCCCCUGAAAAUCUAACAGAAAGUCUACUGACAGUCGGCACUGCCACAAAGAGAUCUUUUUCAGUUUUGUAUGGUCUUAUGUGGUCAGCCUCCUCACAAGCAGUUAGAGCUGCAUGGGAGGACGGUCUUAACAUUAAAUUUGAAGAAAAUGAAUGGGAGACAAUGCUAUCUUUAGUACACUCAUUUUCCAUAUGUAUGAAUAUAUGAUCCAGUGUAAGGUUCUUUAUAGAAUCCACUACAUCAAUGCAAGACUGGCUAGAAUCUUUCCCUCUGUUAAUGAAGCCUGUAACAGGUGCAGUUUAACUCUAGCUAAUCAUGUCCACACAUUCUGGUCGUGCCCAAAAUUAACAUCUUUCUGGACACACAUUUUUGAUACUCUAAGCAGGGCCUAUUAACACAUUAUUGUCCCCAAUCCAUUAUCUGUAAUAUUUGGUAUCUCCCUCAAUACAGAUCUACCCAGAGCAGCGAAACUGGCAUUUACCACCCUGCUAGCCUGAAAACUAAUUUUGCUCCAUUGGAAGCUCAUCCAUCCCCCAUCACUUAAACACUGGGUCAAGAAGGUUCUCUACAACGUACAACUUGAGAAGCUUAGAUUUUCUCUCAAGAGCUCUGUAGGGAAGUUCCAUAAGACAUGGGACCCCUUUCUGGAAAUUACUACCUCACCUGAGCAUCCCCAAGACUUAGAGGAAGGUUAGGGAAGGUUUUAAUUUGCCCCCCUU